GACCACCUUCCGUGGGCUGAAGGUCUUCGUGAACCGAGAAGUGCCGUUGAGGCCCCUCUACUUCGUUCUUCUUUGCGGCGGUGUAGCGGAGGUGGGCUGGGAACGCGGGGCCAAUGCGGGCGAAACGGCUGGACAAGGGUCCGCCUUUCCCGUGGAUGGUGAAGCCAUCACGCAUCAGAUCGUCGAUCGCCCCAGCGGCUCCUUCGACGUGCGCCCCGGUCGUGAAUAUGUGCAGCCUCAGUGGGUCUUCGACUCCUUCAACAUAGGCUGCCUGCUGCCCAUAGCUCCAUAUGGGCCUGGGCGGACUCCGCCACCUCACCUGUCGCCUUUCGUGGACGAUAAGGCCGAGGGCUACGUUCCCCGGCAGAGGGAGGUCUUGGACCGCUUCGCGGCGGAGGUCUCUGGCAAAGCGGUCGAGGCCACCGAGGAGGCAGCCGGUGGUCCGGCCGUGGGUGGAAGUGGCGGCAUGCAGCAGUUCGGAGAGGAAUUGAAGGCGGAAGCUCAAGGCCUUUGGCACUCCGAGUAUCAGCAGAAGAGAGAAGAGAGCGCAGCUGCCAAGAUGGCUGAGGAGGUGGAGGCAGAAGGAGAGGAAGUGAAGCCUCAGAGGCCCACAGAGAUGGAGGAGGAGAGGCUCCGAGCCAAAGCGCUGAUGCCAAAGAAGCACAAGCGUUUGCUGCAGCGGAUCGAGAAUGCCGAAGCCAAGAAGAAGGAGCAGUCCAAGAGGUUAAAGAAGAAGGCCCAAGCAGCUGAUGCUUGA